UCCAGACCUGGUGCUGACUCGCACAGCAGGACGUGAAGCCUGAAUGACUUGGAAAUCCCAAACAUACGCAAGGACUAAAGGAAGCAUUUAAAAACUUGAAGAAGAAUAGAACUGAAGACGCCCGAGAAACUUGUUUGGCGGGUUUUUUUUCACACGUGCGUGUGUUUGUGUGUGUGUGUGUGUGUGAGGUGAUUUCCUUCUCACUUUAGAAAAGGAUACUUCCAUGCAUGUAGGACAGAUUUUUCUUUUUACUUGCUUGUAACUUAUAUUAGCACACUCCUUGGCUGUUCAAAUGGAUAUCAACAACCCUCUCUACCAAAAGAUUGAAGACUGUGAAGCCACAAACAAGGCACUGUAUAAGUUCUAUGCAGCUGUCAUGAUUGUGAUUUUCAUCUUGGCUUUGCCUCUGAAUGCAUCUGUCCUCCACCUCUUUAUAUUCAAGCUGAAGUUCUGGAAAUCCAACUCCAACAACAUCUUCCUUUUCAACCUGGUGUUGGCUGACAUUCUCCUGCUCUUCUGCUUGCCCAUAAAGGCGUACAACUUCAUCAACGGAGAGAGGAGGAGUGACAAUGGGGCAGUUUGCAAAGCUAUGCUCUUCAUGUUGUUUUUGAACCGAGGGGCCAGCAUCGCCUUCCUGACGGUGACAUCCAUCCACCGAUACUUUAACGUGGUGCACCCUGGCCGGAAGAAUCUCCUGAGAGCUCUUAAGAAAUCUCCUCAGAUCUCUAUCCUCAUCUGGCUGCUGCUGCUGCCUCUCACCAUUCCCACCAUGCUCAAGACCUUUGAAUGCUGCAACAGCCACAAGAGCGAGAUACAACACAACGACAGCAGCCAUGAAGGAGAUGACACCUUGGUGAAGGAUGUGGUGGACAGUAUGAGAGAGGUGGUCUUCUUCACUCAGAUCCUCAUCCCCUUCAUCAUCUUGGUCUACUGCACGGUGCGCAUCGUCAACCGGCUCAGGAAAAAAACAGUCGGGGACAGGACCAAGCUGAAGAGAGCGGUUUUCCUGGUGACCGCUGUCAUGGUGGUCUUCUCCUUCUGCUUCCUCCCCUGCACCAUAGCCAGGAUGGUUCUGCUGAUCGUCCGCGUCCAAGAGUUGCCUUUGAUCUACCAGGACAAAGCUGCCGUGGCCUUUGACGGCCUCAUGGUCCUCUCCUACAUGGACUGUCUGCUGGACCCGCUGGUCUACUGCUUCUGCAGCACCAAGUUUAAAGCUCUUUAUCUCUCCAACUAUUGCCCGUUCUUGGUGAAAAAUGGUCCGAUACAGGUAGACAGCUCAACAGGGGGGCACACAGCAUCGGAUCAUCCUCGAAACACCAACACUAUCAUUUAAAGCCGUGUGGUGUGUUUUUUUUUCUCUGUGUGGUGACGCAGGAACCCAACAGGAUACUACCUGAGAGUGACAGUUUGCCCCAAAAAAUCUACUAACUUUAUGAAAGGGGACUCUGCUAUGAAGAGAAGACAGUCAGUAGUUAUUUGAUCCAUUCUGAAAUAGAGAUAUACAGAGGUAGAAAAUAGGAGGGACUCUUCAGCACCGUAGAUCUACCAGGUGAGAGUGUCGUGAUUCCUGAUUGUGUAGGAUAUAUUCAUGUUGGUGGAUGUUAUUCAAUGAAACAUAAAAGUUUUCUGUUUAAGAGGAAUGCCUCCCAGCUAAAGUAAGCACAUCUGUUUUUUUUCUGUUUGGCUUGGACAGAAAAAUGAGAAGUUAUGACUGUGAAAAAUUCCUUUCAAGCCCAAGAAUCUUAUCUGUCAAAUUGUACCAGUCUCAAACAGCCUCCACUAUCAAACAAGCAUUAAUUAAAGCUCAGAAAAAUAUAAACACACCACUCGAAAAUGUGUUUCUCGAAAAAUCUUGUCAAAUACAUUUUCUGUGAAGCUGUGGUGAGAAAUUCUGAACCAAGAGGCCUGAGGGGAUAAAGGUUUUCUAGAAAUCAUGAAUAGCAUUCACUAGCAUGAAUUCCUGGGUCAGGAGUAUGAAAUGUGUGGAUGGACCCGACUCCAAAAUAGAUGCAUAUGAGGCCAAAGUCAGUCCCCUAUUACAUAAGAGUUAAUCCUACAGGCCCAUACAGGAAGUUGGUUGUAAAUGUUGAUUUAAUAUUGAAUUGUGUAACUGUUUAUACUGUGUGUAUAUAUAGAGAGAGAUGGGUGUAUUUAAACUGUACAUAUUUUAUGUCCUGGAUAAUGUCUUGUAAAUUCAUUGAUAAUAAAAUUGCAGUAAACUGUCA